UGAAAAUAAUAAAAACUCAAAUAUCUAGAAAUUCCAGCCGCUCAUAUUUCUCAACUCCUAAAGAAGAAGAAAUGGCUACUUGCAUAUCAGUAAUUCCGCCUGUAUCUCUCUCUCUCUCCUCCGCCAAAAGAGAUGGCUGCGCUUCUCUCUCAUGGUCAUCUUCUUUCCCUAACAUUAAAAUUUCCACAACUAGCUCAAUUCUCCCCUCUUCAACCCGCACUACGAGACAGGGCUUCGUUGUCCAAGCUGCUUGGACGCGGAGAUCUCGUAGUGAAGCUGCUAAGAGGCCUAACAGGAAGUCAUGGAAACAGAGGACAGAUAUGUAUAUGAGACCAUUUCUGCUGAAUGUGUUCUUUUCAAAACGAUUUAUCCAUGCGAAAGUGAUGCAUCGAGGAACCAGUAAAGUGGUAUCUGUUGCCACCACAAAUGCCAAGGAUCUCAGGAACGCGCUGCCAUCCCUCACCGACAACAAUGCGUGCAGAGUUAUAGGAAAUCUGAUUGCUGAGAGAUCCAAGGAAGCUGAUGUAUAUGCAGUUGCGUUUGAGCCAAAGAAGAACGAACGUAUUGAGGGCAGACUUGCCAUUAUUCUCGACACCAUACAAGAGAAUGGCAUCAUAUUCGUUGACUAGAACUUCAACAUGGCUGCUAGUGCUGCUUCUUUGGUGUCUGAUGGCUGCAACAUUCUGAAGGAAUAGGUUUCUCGUUCCUCGAAUCUCUCUAAAUGUCGAAAUCUUGGAAGCAUCAAAGGCCCCGUCGGCCCCAUUACUCAUGAGAAAUUCAGCAUACAAAUCUUUAGCAGAGGAAAUGUUGUUGAUGGGCCAGUUUGUGUUGUUGCGAUCGAUGUGGUGCGGAGACGAGUUUCAGUUAUGCAUUUGUGUUUAUUUCUCUUAUGGCUUAAAUGCAUCUUCCUCAGAUUCAGGUAAUUGUAAUCUGUAAAAUGCUUGAUUCUCUUAUCAGACAUUCACAGUUAUUUG